AUUCAAUACAUUUUUUCUUAUCUCACUUCAUUCAUUAGAAGACUUUCUUUUAAUCAGUAGAUGAUGAUGAUAUGGAGAUGUAAAAAAGUGCUGUUAAUAGAAGUAAAAUAAUUUCACUUGCAUUUCUAUUCAUCCUUUUUUUACUUCAUUUUCCUGUCAUUCACUUGUUACUUGUACUGGUUCCUUGUUUUUUUUUCAGGUGCCAUUUUUAUUAAUCAAUUUUUUGGAUGGACUUUUUUCAAUCGCCUUUCGUUUUUAAAUUGCUUUGUAUUUGUCUGUGUUUUUAUUUUCUGAAGCUAAUUAAUCUGAAAGCAAGUUCGGUCAAAGGUUGGCACCGGUCAGUUUGGAUGAGGAAUCAGUGACAUUUUCUUUACAGUAAAAGUGUGCUAUCUUUUUGAAUGCUUUACCAUUUUUUCUUGGAUUAUCAUGGCCAAGUGAUCUAAAACUGUUUUCUUUGCUACCAUCUCUGUGUCGAUAUAGAUUUUUCAAUCAAUCUAUUAAAUUAAACAACAAGGAAAUAAACUGUGUAUCCAACGGAAUUUUUACAGUCUACAACCUGAUCUGUUUUGUCCGACUCCAAUUCUUAUGAUUUUCAGCUGUGUUAAGUGCUAAUGGAGCGGAGAAAUAAGAAAAAUAGGAUUUCACAGACUUUCAAUAGUUAUCCACAUCAUAAUUCUAUAUUACACAUUAGCUACCCUCAUAUGGCUAGGUUGCAUCCUUAUCAUCCCCUUCACCAUCAACCAUCACCAGUUUCUGUGGUUGGUGCUGCAUCAUCAUUGUCUACUCUACCUCAACUUGACCAAUAUAGUUCAACCAUGGUGCCUUCAACUGAAUCUUGGUUAAAUCAACAGCACCAACAUCAUAGUCAGCCUGAACCGGUGCUUAGGUGUAAUCCUACUAAUAAUACAAAUGAUGAUUUUACAGAGAUUGACCAAAACAGUCAAUCAGGUUAUAAGAGCAAUACCACAAUAGAACAUUUACACCCAGAGUUGUUGUCCAUCAUAUUUUCAUACCUUGAUCUAAGAUCCAAAGGUAGAGUUUCUCAAGUAUGCUCAAGUUGGAUGGAUGCAGCUUACGAUAAAUCAGUUUGGAAAGGUGUUGAAGCCAAACUCCAUUUUAAAAAGUUGAAUACCACCAUGAUAUCAAGCUUAAAUCGUCGAGGAAUCAAAAGAGUGCAGGUUUUGAGCUUUCAAAAAGAUUUGAAAGAACUGGCCAGCAUUAAAAAUUUGGAACGUCUUACAUUAACAGGCUGUUAUAAUCUGACCCUUGAACUUCUAUCCGAAGCCUUAUCUCAAGAGAUGCCUUCCUUAAAGCAGUUAAGUUUGGGAAUGUGUAAGCAAAUAACUAGUGUAUUCUUAAGGCUAUGUGAUCUAUUUAAUAACACUCCAAACAUAGAAGUUCUCGAUCUUGGUGGCUGUAGUGAGAUCACAGAUCAUGCUCUCGUGGCAAUCCGUAAAUGUUUAAAACAGCUAAAACAACUUAAUUUAAGAAGUUGCCGUUACAUCACUGAUAAAGGUAUACACCGAUUAUGCCUGAGUCAAUUCUCUGACGAUAUUAGUCAAUUGGAUGUUUGGAAACCAGCUCCUGAUGAUGAUGGUUUAGCUAACUUGGAAUUGUUGGAUUUGCAAGAUUGUCAAACUUUGUCGGAUGAUGCUCUUAAAUACAUCUCAUCUGGUCUAAAGAAUCUAAAAAGCUUAAAUUUAAGCUUUUGUGUCGGAAUCACGGACAUGGGUCUCAAAUAUUUGUCAUCGAUGACGUCUUUAAAAGAAAUUAACCUUCGUAGCUGUACCAAUAUCACAAACACUGGUUUAAGAUAUUUAAGUGAAUCAGGCAUCAAGUUAAACAUAUUGGAUGUCAGUUUUUGCGAUAAAAUUACCGACAGUGGUUUAUUUUAUAUUUCUCAAGGAUUAACUACACUUACCACAUUAAGUCUCAAUUCAUGCUUAAUAACAGACGAAGGACUGACUAAACUAUCAACAAGCUUAACCAAUUUGAAAACACUGAACAUUGGACAAUGUAACUGCAUAACUGAUAUAGGAGUUUCCUCUUUAGCCGAAAACUGUCACAAAUUAGAGAAUAUUGAUUUGUACGGUUGUACUCGAAUCACUCAAGCAGGUCAAGAGAAAAUACUAAAGCUGCCAUUACUGAAGUAUUUGAAUACCGGAUUAUGGCAAGACUUACAAGCACCGGUUUACUUCCAUCCAUUUAAUUCAAGUUCGUUGGUUCGUGAUCAUCCUCCUGGGUGUGUUAUCAAGCAAUCAAAUCGCAAUUUUGUUGAUCCUUCCUACUACUCUAGCCAGUUAUUUGCUCAGUAUAAAAGUCUUUACUCUGCUAAUUGUGGUGAUAACAUGCUAUUUAGAAACUGUAUUCUUACUAAACUAUGUGAUUCAUGUCAAAAAUUCAGUUGUCUAUUGAAUCCCACACUCUCUGGUUCACCACUAUUCAUUGUAAUUAUGGACAAAUCAUAGGAAAAAAACUCAUCUACUAUUAGUUUUCAUCAAUAACCUGAAGUGUUCAAUGGAACAGAGAAUGAUUCUGGACGAUGACUACCAAUGAUUAUCUCUGAUUUUUCAAUAGCCAAUUGCACUCCGAAUUCACGGAUCAAGCCUGGGACCAAGCCUGGUACCAUCCAAGCGUCGGAUGUCAAGUGAAACACUCAAAGAGUUAACAGAGUAGACGUAACGCAACUUUUGUAACUUAAAUGCAGCUACAUAGAAUAUCUAAAUUCUGAUAACGUUGGAGUGAGAUUCACACAAUCUGUCUCAAUAAAAUGUAAAAUAAUAUUUGUAAAUACGUAAAACUAUUACCAAAAACGCAAUAUUCUUAUUUCUCCGUCCUACUGUCCUCUACAGUAUGCUUUUCUGUAAACAUAAAAACCCCAUUGAAAACCAUUUGUAAGCUUUCAAAUAUUGGAAAAUUGACGAAAAUAAUAUUGACCAAUGUUUCAUAA